AUGGAGACAGUUUCUAGGAUAUCCUCGAUGCUGGAAACAGCUCGAGAACUCACCCUGGAAGCCGCCCAAUCCGCAAGUAGCCGGGGCUUGAAACCCGAUUACUCGUCUCGAUCGUAUACACCGGCACAUAUCAAGAACCUUCUCGAUAGCAGACAUGACAAAGAAGUUCUGGACGGAUUGCGGAGGGUCAUCACGCUAAUGUAUCGAUCUGAGCCAACUCUCACAUUCUUCUCUGCCGUCGUCAAAAAGGUGGCCAGUUCAAACAUCGAAGUCAAGAAGCUCGUCUAUAUCUACCUUGUGCACCAUGCGGAAGCCGAACCGGAACUGGCAUUGCUCUCGAUCAAUGCUAUCCAGAAGUCAUUGACUGAUCAGAAUCCUUUGGUCAGAAGCAUGGCUUUGCGAACAAUGUCCGGUAUUCGUGUACCUGUCAUCAGUCAGAUUGUGUCGCUUGCUAUAAAGCGUGGCUGCGGUGACAUGAGUCCGCAUGUUCGCAAGGCGGCGGCGCUGGCGAUCCCGAAGUGCUAUCGGCUUGACCCUGGUACGCUUCCACAACUGGUUGGAUAUAUCGCCAUAUUGCUGGGGGAUGCUCAGUAUUUCGUGGUUGGUCCCGCAGUUGCAGCUUUCCUGGAGGUUUGCCCUGGAGAACUUGACAUGGUUCACAAGCAUUACCGGAGUCUAGUCAAGAAACUGGUCGACAUGGACGAAUGGAGCCAGCUUGCGACACUUCGUCUCUUGACAACAUACGCACGAAAGUGCUUUCCCCGACGUACUGAAAAGGUCAAACAGACGGUCGAUAAGGGAUUUUACGAUGAUCCACCGGAGAACCAAGCAGCGGAAGACGACAGCGCGGAGGAAGUUACCGUUCUGGACCCCGAUCUUGAGCUUCUUCUUCGGGCCUGCAAAUUGCUCUUACAAAACCGAAACUCUGCUAUGAUCGUCAGCAUUGUACGGUGCUUUUUUUACUUGGCACCGCCCGAGUACCUCGCAUCAGCUAUAGGUCCUCUCGUUGCUCUCCUCCGAAGCCCGCAAGAUAUACAGCUUAUUGCUCUCUAUAAUAUCGUCACAGUCGCUUUGAAAGACCCCAAGCCCUUCACAAGAUACGCAGCACAUUUUCUCAUUCAUGCCAAUGAUCCGCCCCACAUCUGGCGACUAAAAUUGGAAGUUUUGACAAUCAUAUUCCCAUACUGUGGAAAGCAUUGGAAAGGCGUUAUCAUCAGCGAACUCGAGCAUUUUUCGAAAGGGGCUGACUCUGACCUAGUUAGAGAAAGCGUGCGGGCGAUUGGAAGGUGUGCGCAGAGCGACGCCGACACCGCGGACAUGUGUUUGCGGAUCUUGCUUGGCCAGAUCUCGAGUUUAGAUGGGAACCUUGUUUCAGAGUCCUUGACUGUGAUCAGGCAUUUGAUUCAACAAGACUCAGCUUCACAUAAAACAACAGUCAUGAAACUUGUUACCUACCUGGGCAGCACCACCAAUCCGGACGCACGCGCGACGAUAAUUUGGCUCGUAGGCGAGUUUGCGGGCAUAGACCCAGACAACAACAUCGCUCCCGACGUACUCCGCGUCCUGAUCCAAACCUUUGCUGAUGAACCGGAGACCGUUAAACAGCAGAUUGUGCUCCUGGGCGCAAAGGUUUACCUUCAACAUCUGUUGAAAAAUCAACCGGAAGAAAUUGCCCAAGUCAACACAUUUCCCACUUCCGAGAAUGCAAGCAAUAUUGAACAAGAGCUCCGCAAUGAAUGGACAGAUGAUCAAGAGCAGCAAGAUCGAUCUCAGCAGCCGGAUGGCGAAGCAGCGAUCAAGGAAGGAGAGGACCGCAUAACCCUACUCUGGCGCUACAUCCUGCUUCUAGCGCGUUACGACACAUCUUAUGAUCUUCGUGAUCGUGCCCGCCUCUACAAAUCACUCCUUGCCUCUCCAUCCUCCACCCAACUCGCCAAUCUCCUCCUCCUCGCCCCAAAGCCCGUCCCACAUGUACCUAGUCCCUCGGAGACCAGGAAGGAUCUCCUUAUCGGAACAUCGACUCUCGUGGUUGGUGCUGAUGCUGGCUAUCAUGGACUCCGCGGCUACACAAGCCUACCAGAUUGGGUAGAACUGGGACAAGAGCCAGACCCCAGUCUCCGCACUGAAGACGUGAAGCCCGAGGUCACCACUAUGCAGACUUCCGCUACUGCCGGUGAGAAACUGGAUAAGGCACUUCGCGAUUACCAGAACAACGCCCCUCCGCAGCGUCGGAAGGGUCCAGUUGCCCCGGGGGACAGUGCAGGCAAAAAGACCCUGGAUCAAUGGCUUGCCGAAGAGGAAGAGGAGAGCGAAGAAGUAACCGAUUCUGAAGAAGAAUCCGGGUCCGAGGAAGAGAGCUCUUCAGAAGAAGGCUCUGAUGAAAGUGACGAGGAAGACGAGGAAGAGGAAGACGAAAGUGAGGAAGAGACUGACUCUGAAGAUGAAACUCCCCACAGAGAAGCUAAGCAGCUUCUAGGCUGA